GGUUAGGUUAGGUAUGAACAUUCGUCGGAUUCCCAAGUUUAUUGGCUCAUUGAAAAAUCUUACAUAUCUUGAUCUUGCAGGUAAUAAUAUUAACUCGGUUCCAGAUUUUAUUGGCUCUUUGAAAGAGCUUACAUAUCUCAAUCUUGCAGGGAAUAACAUCAGUGUGGUUUCAAAUUUUAUUGGCUCUUUGAAAGAGCUUACAUAUCUCAAUCUUGCAGGGAAUAAUAUCAGUGUGGUUCCAAAGUUUAUAGGCUCUUUGAAAGAACUUACAUAUCUCGAUCUUGGAGGGAAUAAAAUCAAUGUGGUUCCAAAGUUUAUUGGCUCUUUGAAAGAGCUUACAUAUCUCGGUCUUGCGGGAAAUCCUAUCACUGGAAUUAUUCCUCCACAACUUGGAAAUCUCACCAAAUUGCAAAGUCUUGAUUUUUCAAGCACUUCUCGGAUGAGUAAUUAUGAAUGGAUCUCUCAUCUCACUUCUUUGAAGACUUUAACAUUGUCCAAAGUGAAUUUCACUGUAGCAGAGUUGCAAUCAUUCAAAGGGGCACCAUUCUUGUCAAGCUUAUCCAUAUCAAAUUGUCUGCUUCCCAAGGAGCCAUCCCUUCUUGCAUUCAAAAUUUCACAGCAAUGAUUCAAAUAAUGGAUGAUCAAGAAACCACCCUCUCCACGUUUAUAGGAUCCGCUUAUGUGAACAAAAAUUUAGAAUUUUAUGAAAAUAUUAAUAUUGUCUCAAUCACUUGGAAAGGAAAAGAACACGAAUGUGAGAAGAAUUUGGGAUUAUUAAGAAUUAUUGACUUAUCAAGUAACAAAUUGAAUGGAGAGAUUCCAAUUGAAGUGACCGAUCUUUCUCAAUUGAUUCAACUAAAUCUAACAAGGAAUAAUUUGAGUGGAAGAAUUCCUAAAGUGAUUGGGAGCUUGACGAAUCUACAAGUGCUUGAUUUGUCCCACAACAAAUUAUAUGGUCCAAUUCCCACAAGCUUGGCUAAAGUAUCUUUUUUGAGUUGCUUGGAUUUGUCAAAUAAUCAACUGUCAGGAAGAAUCCCUAUUGGUACUCAAUUACAAACCUUUAAUGCUUCUAUAUAUUCCAUGAAUCCUGGACUCUGCGGACCUCCUCUAUCAAGUUCAUGCCCAGGAGAUGAGACAUUCCAUGAUCAUUCACAUUCAACUUAUUAUGGCAAUGAAGGUGAUGAUGAAAAUGGUGGAGAAUGGUUUGACCUACCUUGGUUUUACAAAGGAACUGGAGCUGGAUUUGUUAUCGGAUUUUGUGGCAUUUGUGGAAAUUUGAUGAUCAAUACUUCUUGGAGACUUUCUUAUUUUAAGGCGAUGCAUAACAUAGGAGAUUGGCUUUAUGUGAUGAUCAUCGUUAAAUGGGCUUUGUUGCGGAGAAAACUAUCCUUGCACUAAUUAUAGCCAGAACACAAGUUUGAUGAAAUGGAGGCUUGGAGCUGGGAUUGAUAAUGUUGUAUUUCAAUGCCAUUCAGUUGCGGUGGUGGCCAAUAUCGUCGUCAUUUCUACAACUUAUCAAUUUCUCCAUGUCAAAUCUGAAGUUCCAGCUUUGGUUUUGUUUUAUUAGUUUCUGUUUGAUGUUGUUAUUGCUUGCUGUGUUAGGUCUUUAGUAUGUGUUUUUGUUGUGUUUUCGUUGGCCUCUGUUUUUGUUGGGAAAACCUAUUGCAAUAAAUACAAACUUUUUUC